UAAAGCGCGGGCGCAAUGUUUCAAGAUGGUGACCCGUGCCCUUGUGUGUCAUUGGUAGACAAAGUUCAGUCUGCUAGCAAGCAUCGAAGACGUGUUAUUAAGUUCUGAAAUCCAAGUUUUUAUUGUUAUUUGAUUUAACAUAAAAACAAGUUAUUUUUUGUUUUAAUUGUUAUUUAUUUUAUUAUAUUAUUAAAUAUAAUAUUUGAAAGAUGUCAAAUACUGUAAUGAGCACAAUUAUAGAAACCCGAAUAUAUGAUGGACAAAAGCCGGGUACGUCCGGAUUACGAAAAGCCGUACAGGUUUUCAUGCAAGAACAUUAUACAGAAAAUUUUAUUCAAGCAAUAUUACAAGCCCUUGGAGACAAAUUAUUUGGUAGUACAUUAGUUGUGGGUGGUGAUGGGAGAUAUUAUGUGAAAGAAGCAGUAGAAAAAAUUAUCAAAAUUGCUGCAGCUAAUGGAGUAAAAAAGUUAAUAAUUGGUCAAAAUGGUAUACUUUCAACUCCAGCUGUAUCUACUAUAAUAAGAAAAUAUAAAACUUUAGGAGGAAUUGUUCUCACAGCAUCUCAUAAUCCUGGUGGACCAGAUGCUGAUUUUGGUAUUAAAUUUAACUGUGAAAAUGGUGGUCCUGCUCCAGAUUAUGUUACAAAUAAAAUCUAUGACAUUACUAAAGUGCUCAAGAAUUAUAAAACUAUACCUGAUAUAUCUAUAGAUAUAAGUAAAAUUCAAAGUACUAUAAUACAAGUGGAUGGAAAUUCAUUUAUAAUAGAUAUAAUAGAUUCUGUUAAUGAUUAUUUGGAACAUAUGAAAAAUAUUUUUGAUUUUUCUAGUAUUAAAACAUUAUUACAAGGAAGUAAUGAUCGUCCUCCUUUUAAAGUUCUUAUCAAUGCAAUGAAUGGAGUUACUGGUCCAUAUGUAAAACGAAUAUUUAGUGAAUUAGGUGUUGAUAAUUCAAGCAUUGUUAAUGCCAUUCCAUUAGAAGAUUUUGGUGGACUUCAUCCUGAUCCAAAUUUGACAUAUGCUAAAGAUUUAGUAAAUGCUAUGAAAAAUGGUCCAUAUGAUUUUGGUGCUGCUUUUGAUGGGGAUGGAGAUAGAAAUAUGAUAUUAGGUAAAAAAGCUUUUUUUGUUACACCUUCUGAUUCACUAGCUGUGUUAGCUGCCAAUUUAAAUACAAUACCAUAUUUUAAAAAGACUGGUAUUAAAGGAUAUGCUAGAUCUAUGCCAACAGGUGCUGCUAUAGAUAGAGUUGCAGCUAAAAAUGGCAUUAAAUUUUAUGAAGUACCCACAGGCUGGAAAUAUUUUGGAAAUUUAAUGGAUGCUGGUUUUCUAUCACUUUGUGGAGAGGAAAGUUUUGGUACUGGUUCAGAUCAUAUUCGCGAAAAAGACGGAAUAUGGGCUUGUCUUGCAUGGCUAAGUAUAAUUGCAAGUCUUGGAAAAUCUGUAGAAGAUAUAUUAUUAAAUCAUUGGCAAAUAUAUGGAAGGAAUUUUUUUACAAGAUAUGAUUAUGAAAAUUGUGAUUCUGAAGCAGCAAAUAGAAUGAUGCAACAUAUUGAAUCAGAAAUACAAAAACCUGAAUUUAUAAAUUCAAAAUUAAUAUCUGAAAAUAAAGUAUAUAUUGUAAGAUUAAGUGACAAUUAUUCUUAUAUAGAUCCUGUUGAUGGAAGUCAAGCUAGCAAACAGGGAUUAAGAAUUCUAUUUCAAGAUGGUUCUCGUAUAAUUUACCGUUUAUCUGGUACAGGAAGUUCUGGAGCUACUAUUCGUGUAUAUGUUGAUAGCUAUGAAGAUGAUCCAACAUCUUUAAAUAAAGAUGCUCAAGAAAUUCUUAAACCAUUAGUUACUAUUGCAUUAAAAAUAAGUAAUUUACGUGAAUUUACUGGUCGUGAUGCACCAACCGUGAUUACAUAAUACAUAAUUUUUUAUCAUUAACAGUUACAUUAAAAAUAUACUA